GGAUUGAUCGAUGAUAGAAGAAAUUGUAAUAUUUUCAUCUCUCUUAAUAUGAUGCAGCUUCUGUCUUUGGGGAACUACGGCGUUUAGAGCCCAUGCCAGUAGAGAGGAAAACAAUGUGGAGAAGAGAAAUUGAUUGGCUAUUGUCUGUUAGUGAUCAUAUUGUUGAAAUGGUUCCUCAACAAAGAUCGAAAGAUGGAACCAGUAUGGAGGUAAUGGUGACUCGGCAACGAUGUGACCUUCUUAUGAACAUCCCUGCCUUACGCAAGCUUGAUGCAAUGCUUAUUGACACCCUAGAAAACUUCAAAGACCAAAAGGAGUUCUACUAUCCGUCUGGAGAUGCUAAAGAUUCCAGCAGAGAAGACAGCCAGAGAACAAGUGACAAAUGGUGGAUACCUAAUGCUAAAGUUCCCCCAAAUGGUCUAUCUGAGGUAACAAGGAAGUGGCUACAGUUUCAGAAGGAUUCUGUGAACCAAGUGCUUAAGGCAGCCAUGGCCAUAAAUGCUCAAAUUUUAUCAGAAAUGGAAAUACCUGAAAACUACAUUGAAUCCCUCCCAAAGAAUGGGAGGGCAAGCCUUGGAGACUCAAUCUAUAAGAGUAUCACAGUUGACCACUUCGAUCCUGGGCAAUUUCUCUCUACCAUGGACUUGUCAUCUAACCGCAAGAUCCUUGACCUUAAGAACAGGAUUGAGGCAUCCAUUGUGAUUUGGAAGAGGAAGAUGCACAAUAAAGAUGGAAAGUCUGCUUGGGCUUCAGCCGUUAGCUUGGAGAAGAGAGAACUCUUCGAAGAGAGAGCAGAGACCAUCUUACUCAUAAUCAAGCAGCGAUACCCUGGAUUAGAUCAAUCUCAACUAGACAUUAACAAAAUCCAGUUCAAUCAGGAUGUGGGACAUGCUAUUUUGGAAAGUUAUUCACGAAUACUAGAAACCUUGGCCUUCACAGUCCUUUCCCGUAUUGAAGAUGUUCUGUAUGCCGAUUCUCUCGCUCAAAAUCCAGCUCUCGCAUCAUGCAAGAGGAAUCCUUUAAGAGGCUCCUCAUUGGAUCCGGAGCCACUGAACUUCCCAAACCCAAAAGAAGAGAUAGAGAAGCUGUCUACAGGGACACCCCAAUCGAUGACAUUGUCAGACUUCAUGGGUUGGAAUUUGGAGAAGGAAGAUGGAGAAGAGAAGAAGGGUUCUGGGGGGAAUUCAGAGGAACUCUCCAAAAAUGAUGAGAAGCCUAUGACCAAAAUUGCAAAUAUUAUAACCAACAAAAAAGUAUCCUACAUAGAGAAGCUUGAGAACCUGGGUGGUCUAAGAAGCCCAACAGCACGCCAUUGAUAACAAAAUUAGAGAGAAAGAUUAAAACCUGAGAGGGAGGGAAUGAUACAGAUAAAUUCAAGGAGGAGAGGGCUUCACCUAGAAAUGUAAUAUUUCAGAUCCAAACAUAACUUCUUUUGGAGUUGUGUAUUUUUUUUUCCUCCUCUUACUUCUUUCCUUCAGCAACUAGGAAGGGAUGAGUAAAACUAUGUGUUUUCCAAGCAUUUUUAAAUGUGCUUUCUUUGGUAUUUGAAUGGCUCUGUAGACUUGCAGCCACUAAAAUAUGUCAUUCUUAAUUUUCCUAAGGGUUCAUGCAUCCUACCUCUUUGGUAAUAGAAAUUCUCUAAAUCGA